AUGACAACCAUCACCCCCUCCACGCGUAGGAGCCGGGCGCCCGUGACCGCUGCUGCCGGUUCCUCGGCCAUCAAGCCCAUUUUACGCAAAACUGUCUCGGUCCUCGGCACGCGAUCUCGACCCGACGACGACGAUAGCGACGAGCUUGCGAGCCCAACGAAAAAGAGGAAGACGGUCGUCUUCAAUGAGAGUCUCAACGUGGUGAGAGACAUUGGCAACAAGUCGCUCGGCGAUGCGAAGCGGGAGGUGAGGCAGGCGCUCGACGGACAUAGCCGUGGGGACGACGAGGAUUACGACAAUCUGAAGGAUCUCUUCGCCCCGAGCCACAAGCAGCACUCGCCUCCCGAGGAGGUGGAAGACGAGACGAAGCAGCAGGAGCUGGUAGUCUACGUCAUCGCCCUGACAAGCCAUGUCCCCCUGCUUGGCAGGUCGUGUGCCGGUCUUGCCAGGAGCAUUCUCCGGUGCUCGUGGCUCGAAAGGGACGACGAUUUCUCGCGGGCUUAUAUCCAGCUCCUAGCGGCGCUCUCGUCUGUCCAGGGCUCCUUCUUCACGCAGAUCCUCUCCAUGAUGGUCGACAAAUUCGCAGACGCCCAGACAUGCUCUAACAAGGGCUCGUCUGUGCCCGGGUUUCCGCCCGUGCAAGCUGAGACCAAGAAAGACCGACUCCAUCUCGGCCUGAGAUACCUCCUUGAGCUUUUCCCCGACGGGCGCCACAUCAUUAUAGACCUCGUGUCGGCCAAGUUUCCUUAUACUGAGGAUUCAAAGGCCGUUCACGUGGAAUACAUCAACCACCUACUCCGGCUUAAGACGGACAGACCCGAGCUGGAAAGGGAUAUCAUGGAGCUGAUUCUUUCGCGGCUCGUCAAACUUGACAUGGAAAUGACGUUGGACCUUGAAAAUGACGACGACGAGACCACCAAGGCGGUGCUCCGACAGCUGGAAUCGUCGGAUGCUAAGAGCGACGACGGAGAAGAUAGUGAUGCCGAUUCAGUUGUGAGUGACCAAGAAGGUGACGACGAGCAGACGAGGCGCGUGGACAUGAUCAAGAGCAAGCUCGAGACGAUGGACGCCAUCAUGGACUUGAUGUUUGCUAUAUAUACUCCAGUAUUCGAGAAUCCUGAGACUCCUGAAGCUCAAGAGGCUUUCCACGAUUUACUGAGCGACUUUUCAAAUGUCAUACUUCCGCAUUUCAAAUCUCGGCACACGCAGUAUUUGCUCUUCAAAUUCGCCAUGAAAUCACGCCUAUUCAUGGAGACGUUCACCGGAACCCUUUUUAACAUCGCAUUUGAGUCAAAAAGACCGCCGAUUGUCAAACAAGCAGCGGUUGCUUAUUUGGCGAGUUUCACUGCAAGAGGCGCGAAACUGGAGAGCGACCUGGUGCAAAAGAUUGUCCAGACAUUUCUAUACUACAUCGAUAACUUCCGGGUCACUCAUACCAGCUGUCGCGGCCCAGAUGUACGGCGCUAUGGCCAGUAUUAUGCGUACUUCCAAGGCCUACUUUACAUCUUCUGCUUCCGCUGGCGAGACCUGAUCGACCGUGACCUGGUCCCGGCUAGUCUCGACUGGGACGAUCCUGCGUCGUUCAUUGGGCAAGACUUGCCCUGGAUGGCCGGCUUGAGAUCUAAGAUGCAAGCUAAUAUUGCCUCCAAGCUCAAUCCCCUCAAGUGCUGCUCGCCGGUAAUUGUUGACGAGUUCGCGAGAUUAUCUCAUCACCUCGGACUCAUAUAUAUAUAUCCACAAAUUGAGAAGAACAAGAACGUGCAGCUGUCUCAAUUCUCUACCGGCAGCUAUGCCACAGGCGGGGCUCUUCGCGACUCGGGUUUCGAGUUUGAUAACGAGAAGUGGACCCAUCUGGAGGCUUGCUUUCCGUUUGACCCUUUCCAGCUACCCGUUGCCAAGCGUUGGCUCGAUUUGCAGAACAACUACGUGUCUUGGCAACCCAUGGCAGUGCUUAGCAUGGGAAGCGACGAUGAAGACAGCGAGAGCGAUCCGGACGAGGGCGAUUGA